UUUUUUUCUUCUUUUUCUUCUUUCUUCUCUCUGUUAUUAUGCUUCUUACACCUAUAUUUAAUGCAGACCAUACUACAAUUACAUUUGACUUUGAAGAGUUUAUUAAGAAUGAACUGGGUUUAAAAUUAGAUAGUCAGACACGAAGAGAAGGUAAUCAAUAGACAUUAUAUAUAUAUAUAUAUAUAUAUUUACAUGCACUAACUACGGAUGUUUAGAUGAACCUAUCUGUAAAUACUAUUUAAAAGGAAGCUGUACAAAAGGAUCCAACUGUCAAUUUAGACACAAGGGAUUUGAUAGAGACAAAUCCGUUGUAUGUAAGCACUGGUUGCGUGGUCUAUGUAAAAAAGGGGAUAGUUGUGAGUUUCUUCAUGUGUUCAAUAUGAAAAAAAUGCCAGAAUGUUGGUUUUAUUCCAAGUACGGUGAAUGUUGUAAUGGUGAAGAGUGUAUGUACCUUCAUAUUGACCCAGAAAGCAAGCAAAAAGAAUGUCCAUGGUAUGCCCGUGGCUUCUGUAAGCACGGGCCUAAUUGUAGAAACAAACAUGUCAGGAAACUUGUAUGUCAAAACUAUUUGACAGGCUUCUGCCCAGAUGGUCUGAAUUGCCCUAAUGGUCAUCCCAAAUAUGAACUUCCUUUGAUGUACAAUAUACAAAAUGACGAUAUAGCGCCACCACCAUCAUCAUCAUCAAACAGCAAUACCCAACCCCAUGAAGAACAAAAGAACUUUAGACAGCCUUAUCAACAAGCACCUCAUCAUCAUCAUCAACCAGGCACAUUUAGAAAAUUGGAAGAUGUGACUUGUUAUAAAUGUGGACAACAAGGUCAUUAUGCAAAUCGUUGUCCACAAGGUAGACCUGUCAUGAAAUAACUUGAAACACCACAAAUAACAAAUAUCGGCAAUUACCUUUUUGCAACUUGACAAAUGCUGUGUUAUCUUCGCUCGAGCAUCCCGGUUUUUUUUUGUUUUUGUAUCAACUGAAACAAUAAAAAAAAUAUAUACAAUUA